AGUGGCCGCUCGCCCUGCCGUCGCCGCCGCCGCGUCCCUGCUCACGCCCUGCUUCUCAGCGGCCAGCUGAGCUCCCCUCGCCCCCCUGGAGGCGCACGCAGCCCCCCACCCCCAGGGAGCUCCCUUCUCGAAAUGCCCUGCCCUGCUCCCCGCGUGGUUCGGGACAGCUCCCCACCCACCCGGCCUUCUCCCCCGUGCUCCCCUCGGCGUACGCUCUUUGUUUGGCUCGCUCCUAGCUCGGGGUCUCCAGGCUGGGAAGGCAGCCUCCGCAGGGGGCGGCGGCGGCGGCAUUUGAGUUUCCCUUCACACGUGCCCGGCGUUCGCUGACUCCCGACAGUAAUUUCAGUAGCCGCCAACGUGCACAACCUGGAGAUUUCCAGUUUCGCUUCAGCCUGUGAUGUGUUUGCUGUGAGUCCGAAGAGAGUUUUCUGGGGACAUGGUGCUGAGUCGUUUAAUUUCCAGCUGAGCUCUGGAAUGGCCAGCCAAGAAACAGAAGUUCAGAGACUGCUUCUGGAUGAUUCAAUGAUAGAGGGAAUAAGUGACCAAGUACUGCUGGCAGUAGUGCUCAGCUUCACAUUCCUUGCUGCACUGGUGUAUAUGCUUUUCAGAAAUGAGCACCCAGAUAUUCACCCAGAAAACCAAGAGCUAGUAAGAACAGUUAGACAACAACUCCAGUCAGAACAGAAUGCAGCUGGUGACAGGCAGCGUUUCUAUACUGAUAUGUCCUGCCCAGUGUGCUUACAACCAGCUACAUUUCCCAUUGAAACCAACUGUGGACAUCUUUUUUGUGGUUCCUGCAUUGUUGCGUACUGGAGGUGUGGUUCAUGGUUGGGUGCGAUACACUGCCCCAUCUGCAGACAGACGGUAACUUUAUUUUUACCACUCUUCAGUGAGGGCCAGCAGAAUGGAGCACAGGUACUUCAGGAUGUCACUGAUUACAACAGGAGAUUCUCAGGACAGCCAAGAUCGAUUAUGGAGAGGAUUAUGGAUUUGCCCACAUUAUUGCGUCAUGCAUUCAGAGAAAUGUUUUCUGUUGGAGGUCUGUUCUGGAUGUUCCGAAUCAGAAUAUUCCUAUGCCUGCUGGGAGCUUUGUUGUAUCUGGCAUCACCUCUGGAUUUUCUACCUGAAGCUUUGUUUGGAAUUCUGGGAUUUUUGGAUGAUUUCUUUGUGGUCUUUCUACUACUCAUAUACAUCUCUAUUAUGUACCGAGAAGUCAUAACGCAAAGGCUGAAUAGAUGAAGGCAAGUGUCAGUGACCAACAUUCAGAAGCAUUAUGGGGACAGCUUAACUAAUUGAACCACUAUAAAGUAAAUCAUCUUGACACACUUUCAGUUUCUGCCAUUAAAUAGCUUCUAGCCAGACAUCUUAUGCAAGCAUGAGGAACCGAAAUCAUGGUGACACCAAACUGGAAUUUUUAUAUAUGUGAUAUAAAAGAGAUUUAGUUGAACAUGUAAUACACUUCUUAUGUAUGUUUACAACAGAUGAGUAACUGUAUGUUGUUUAAGGUAACUCCAAUUAUAAAAGGGAAUUUCAGAGAGGAUGUUUAACAAAAAAAAAGUAUUUGAGCUAACUGGAUAUGUACUUUUAUGGACACUGCUCAAUGUACAGUUUCAUAUUCAGUGUACAGCUUCAAAGUUGUCUUAUUGCCUCAUUGUGGAAGGGGUUGUUGGGUUUUUUAAAUCUAAUUGUUUAGCAUCUCUGUCUAUGCAGGAAAUGCUCAAGCGGAACAGCUAUCAAAAGAAGCUUGGGCUGCAGCAUCAUAAUGCACAAAUACAAUAAGCACAGUAUUGCUUUAACUGCAACUUUAUAAAAUUACAUACAUUUCUCUCCAUAUGAACUCAGUGCCAUGGAAUGUGCUCUUUCCAUAGAGAAGAAACACCUUGAAUGCUGCCCAUUCUGUGAUGGAAGAUACUCUCUGGGUUUUUUUCUAUAAAAUUUUGCAUUGUCAAGUUUAUCCAAGUAUGGAUAAAAGAAAAGAUAGCCUAGCUCAGAUGGAAACUAACAUGGAUAUAAGUGUGGUGCAAUAUAGGGUGAAACUUUCAGCCAUUGCUGGGAUCCCCAAUCAUAUAUGAAAUACUAAUUGGAAUCUUUAUAUGUUUACUUGGUUAUGAUUGGUUUAGCAAUUAGCUGAAUUGUAAAUCUGAAUGUUGUUGGAGCUACUUGAAAGAAUAUCUGGUCACAAAGACCAUAAAUAUUAUGGUGGUUAUUUUUACUUGACUUAAUCUUAUACGUGUUUACUUUGGAGUACGCAUAGUUGAACUUGAUAGGAGCUUCCAAGAAGGCAUACUGCAUGACCAGGUUGCACAGCUUCUAAUCUUGCAGCACAUGCUAGCCCUCAGUGGUGGAGCAGGUGCUUUGCCUACAGAAGGUCCCAGGUUCCGUCCCUGAUAUCUCCAGGUAAGGCUGGGCAGGAGCCCUGGAGAGCUGCCAGUGUGGGUGGACGAUAGUGAGUUAGAUGGACCAGUGGUCUGACUCGAUAGAAAGCAGCUUCCUGUGUCCUAAAUACUACUGGACCCUCCCUAUUUCAGCCACUUACUCCGCCAGAAAUGUACUUGAUGCUUGUGAGAGGAGAGAAGGGUUGUUUAUUCCAUUGUUUAUUCCAUUGCAUUCAAAACUGCAUCUAGGAAUGCACUGACCUGUGGACACUUGGCCCCGGCCCGCUCUCCUUUUAGACCCAAAGUUGACAUCCAUGUUUUGAGGGGACAGAAAAACACUUUGCUAUAAAAAGAUGUUAUGUAUUAUAACAGAAGACUUAACAAAACAAACAAAAGUAUACAGAAAAGAUGUGGGGACUCUGGGCCAAUGGACAGGUUGUCCUUACCCGGGCAUAAAUCACUAUUUAGUUCUUGCUUCAUGUUUGACCAUCUCUUGCCUAGAAUAUGGACCGGGGGGAAAGUAUGAGGCCAUUACUGCAGGUGAAGAAACAUAGAGCUUCUUGAAAGAUCAUUAAGGGAUCCUGUGGAAGCAGGCCAUGGGACACCUCAUUCUCCUCCUACUCUCCAACACAAAUUAGCUGCACCAGGCUUAGAAAAUAUUUACAUCAUCAUUUAUCUUAAAUAAGAUGAUUAGCCAGGAUUGUUAACUAGCUUAAAAGCCUAGUUUUGAAUUAUGCUUAACAAAACCUGGUUCGUGUAACUAUGGUUAAAGUCAGUGCCACCACUAACAUUAAUUAUCUUUAAAGGUGAAGAAAAUUCAUGCUGGAGUGUGAGAUCUCAUGCCCAUAGUUUAGGGAGCAGGAGUAUUAUUUUUGCUGACCGUUUUGCAGUAACUUUUUGUGGUGUCUGUUUAAGGCAAGUGCUUCAGUUUGAUGAAAUGAUUGUCGAAGAAAACUCGUAUCCCAUUUACUAAUGAUGCUUCUUUACUGUUAGAAGUAUGUAUUAUUUUAAAAGCAGUUAACUCUAGUGCUUGCUAAUAGAAUAUCUAAUCCCCUUUGUUAAAAUAGUCCAACCUGGGGACCUGUUUUGAAAUCUUAUUGUUCAUGUAGUCAUCAAUGCAUAAGGCUUCUGAGUGCCAACACAGACGCAUGAACAUGUUGGAAUGUAUAUGUUAAGUGCAUUUGCAUAGUAUAUUUGAAUGUAAUUGUUCAACUUGAAGUUUAAAGUAGGUUUGUUCUAUCCUAAAUAUUUAAAAGCAAGGGAAAGAGAGAAAAAUGAUUUAAAAUGAACAACUUUACAAGUGCUUUCUGGGUAUUUCGGGCUGCCUCUAAUUCCUUGUAAAACUUCUGCUCACUGUGUCUUGUCAUCUCUAAUAUGUGAUAAUUAUUUGUUGGCUACCUCAGCUAAAAUGCCAGCAUGAUGUCUUGCUUGAUGUUUAGCCAAUCCAAAUUCUGCCUGGAAUUAUACACUGGGGGUAAAGCAUGGAGGCAUGAGUGUAUGUUAAGAACAGCAGAGCCUCAAUCAAAUAUAUACGAGUUUUAUGGAAAGGGGACAGCUUCAGUCUUUUGAGAUUUGUCAGAAAUCUCCCCUGUGCGUCUAAAACAGUUGCAAAAUCAAAGAGCUGGAGUCCCACUUUGAUACGUAUUGCCUUGUACAGGAGAACCUCAUUAUUCACAGAACCUUUAUUUGUGGUUCCACAUAUCUGCGGGGUGUCUCAUUGACACUCUUUUCGGUAUGCACAGAUAUGAAGGGGUUAAAAAGCACUUAUCCAUGGUUCCUAGAGGGCUGGAAGUGAUCGUGGAGAUAACUUCGGGCCACCAUAUUGUUUCACAGAGUCCAGGAGGAGCCAUUUUGUGGCUCAUUUUUUAAAAAUGGACUUUUCCCUGCAGGUUUUCAGGGGCAUUUCCCUCUUUAGAGGGCAUUCCUGGGCACAUUGGGGACCUGAGGAGCACACCACAGUGAGUUUUGGAUCAUUUUUUGACCUGUUUUGCCACUUAAUUUCCCACACUCCACCCUAGAACCUAACCACCCUUUCCAUAUAGCCCUAAUGCCUCAUUAGUUGUGGUUCCAUUACUCACGGCAGUAGGCAAGGAACGGAACCACCAUGAGUAACAAGGUUCUCUCCUGUAUAUUUCCGGGUAGCUGAAUAUUCUUAUUAAGCAGAGUAUCUCUUUUUGCUUUGAGUAAAACUGAUUUCGGCUCACUACAAGAACAAGAGAUCUUUUUUCUUUGUUUUUUUGCUACCCUCAUUGAUUCUCCCCCCCCCCCAAGUUCCUUGUUCUGCUACCUCAUCAUAAGUCCUCAAGUAACUACAUAUCCUUAGGCUGUCUUUCAACUGGCUUUAGUGUGUAUGCCUCUGCUAUGGAUGAUAUUGUGAGAAGUGAGCUCAGACCACACCACACUUGAUAAUCUGUCACUGAUCACCUCUGGACAUUUUUGUAAGCAUUUUUGUACUUCAUUACAGGUGGCUGGUUAUGACAAAAGUUACAGGUUAUCCCUCUGAACAGCUCUUGUCCUGCCUAUGCAUGCCCCUCUUAUCAGAGCCUUUACUCCUUUCUCUCUCCCCACCUGCCAUUUUUUUAAAAUAUACACAUUCACCACAGACCAGAGUUUCAUAACCUUGGGCCCGCAGAUGUUGUUGGAUUACAACUCUUCAUCCCAUCAUCUUCAGCCACAAAGGCCAUGUCUGGGGAUGAUGGGAGUUGUAGUCGAACAUAUGGGGACCCAAGGUUAAGAAACACUGCCACAGACCAUUUGUCCUGCUUGUUGUUUUUUGCUUCAGUCAAAACAGGACAAAUCAGCAUUUUUAUACCCUCAGUAUAUAAUUUUAAACUAGAAACAGUCAUAUUGCUGCAUCCAUCAGCUUCCAUAAAUCUAUACUCUUCAGAUAAAUGCUUUUACUUCCUGCCUGGAGCUGUGGAGGAGAAUAACUGAAUUUGAUAUCUUGCUCUGUAAAUCCUCUGUGUUGCUCCAUAGGAAUGGAUGCAGAAAUUUCCUACCUAACAACGAUGCACUUAGGUAGUAAUUUCAUUCAUUUCUAAUAGAAAUUGCUUAAAUGAGAGAAAAUAUUUCAGCCCAAUCACCAGAUACAGUAUUACGUCAGGUAAGAGAACACUUCUGUUUUAUUUAAAGAUUCUUCUCAUUCAGAAGCGAUGAAUUUUUCAGUAUUCUGAAACAUUUCCAUAGGAAUCUUUUGACCAGAAAUCCUAAAGGUUAUGAAUCGAUUCCAUAGAAAAUAACUGGAUUAAACUAAUAAUAUUUAGGGUGGCAGCCAUCCUUUCUAGAAAGACCUAGUAUAAAGAUUUCUAGAAAGACAAAACCAAAUAUUCCAAACAUAAAGCUUGCCUUUUUUCUUAAAUUGUUCUGAUAGUUGAUGUUUAUGAUAGGAUAAUAAUGAUUACAUCAUGCUUUCUAGCAUUCAUGCACACGCACUGGCUAAAAGCAACCUUGAGGACACCUGGUGGGCUUUUUCUUGCAAAUGCUAUGUAUGAAUUGUUUACUACAGAACUGUUCAACAGCUGACUUUCCUAUGAGGAAUAAUGAAUAACUGAAGAUGGUAUGAAAUGGUUACCAGAGAUCUAUGGGGCUGUAGACUGCGUGGUCCCAUAGAUCUUUUAUAUAAAAAUUUAACCUGGUUCUUGUGUUUACUCAUAAUAAACCAUGUUUAAAAUGGGAA